AUGUCCAAACGCGCUGCAAGCCCAUCCUUGGACGAGCCCAAUGCGAAAUGUACCAGAAAUCAAAUAUCACCUUUAUCUGAUGGAGACGAGUCACCUCAAGUGGAUGACAAUGAGGUGAUAGUACUUGACAAGGCGCAGGUCACAGAGUCCAGUUCAUCCCGCGUGCACCCAUCAUCCCCAUCCUGUCUCCAAGAUACACCAGCCUCGCAGGAUACUGUGGCUUGGGAUGUCUCGGAACACUUCCUUACAACCAAUCUAACCUGCAGGAACAUGGAAGCCGAGUUCCACAUGUAUCUCGGUCAUCAUCAUGACCCAUCAGACUGGAUGGAGGCGAGACAAGCCCUGUUCUCGGGCGACGGCGACAAUGAACUCUCCCUAUCAAAUUUGCUUGCUGUUAAGCGCAAGCACAUCAACAAAGUACAGUCUACUCCAAGCUCCAGCUCAAAAUCAUGCUCUCGUCCAUCACACAAAUCAAAGAAUCCCUUUAUAGACUUUGAGCCUGGGCAGGCCAAAGUCAUGCAUCUCCCAUCAAGAAAACACACACUCUCUGAUGCAGUCGCCAGGAUUGAGGAGAGCAUCAACCACAGCGGCAGCAUCUAUGCUCAACGGAUGUAUGUAUUUACUGUGAAUGUAUUCAUCAGGCAAUUCAUCACCGAGCAUCCCGAGAACCGAGGGCUUGAGAUUAUAAUAUCACCAUGGAUUCCCUCACACAUCUACAUAACCUCUGACAGUCCCCGCACGAUUCUUUCGACGUUCCCUGAACAAUAUCAAUCAUCAAUCAAGAAAUGGGAUGUAGUGAAAGAGGACAAACAGGAGGCAGUGAACAUGCUGCGGCUGCAGUUCCCAUACCCUGCCUGGCUCAGGAUCAAGCGGGGUAAGUAUAGGGAUGCUAUUACAUACCUAUUUGAGUGCGAACAAUCCAAUAACUUUGUCACCGUGCUCAUCCCACCCAGGGACUUCCCCUACAUCAUGCCAAAGGGAUCCAUUGCACUCUUUGACCCUUCACGCCUUCCAACCAGAAUUUCCCCAUUGGAAAUCCUUCGUAAAGGAGAAAUCUACACCAUCCUUGCAACACAUCAUUCCUUCAGCGGUUCAGUCACCGUGGAAUUCGAUUUGGAUGGUUGCCAAAAACAAAUAAAAGCCACGCUUGCUGAAAUAGUGCAGGUCUUCGAUGUUGGGGAUGAAAUUAGGGUUGUCGUAGGAGUUUAUUCAGGGGUGGAAGGGCACAUCAUGCUCAAGUACGACGAAAACUUUACCAUUUGCCAGUCCAGCACGCAAGAAGAGAUCAAAGUCUCCAAGUAUUACUUGGACCAUCGCCCUAUAAAUUGCACUCUGCAAGGCACUUCAGCAGCUGCCCAAUAUGUCGACCCUCCAGAGGAGGCCAAGUCUAUAGAGAUUGGCGACUGCAUUAGGGUCACCAUUGGAGACUUGAUCGGUAGAAGCGGGCUGGCGUUGUGGGUCUCAGGAGAAUUUGUGUGGUUCCAGGACAACAACGACCAGGCACUUGGCCAAUUACCCUCCCUGGAAACCAACCCAACACCUUAA